AUGCCGACGUUGAAUUUGUUCACAAAUCUGCCAGUGGAUGCAGUGGUGGCCUCUGACAUUCUCAAGGACGCCACCAAAGCCGUUUCUAAAAUCAUUGGCAAACCCGAGUCUUAUGUGAUGAUUUUGCUGAACGGGUCAGUGCCUAUGGCAUUUGCGGGCACGGAAGAACCGGCAGCCUACGGAGAAUUAAUCUCCAUUGGGGGCAUUGGACCGAGUGUUAAUGGAAAACUGAGUUCAACUAUUGCAGAAAUUCUGGAAACCAAGCUUUCCAUCGAUAGCUCCCGCUUCUAUAUCAAAUUUUAUGACGUUGAGAAGGGUCACAGCCACUUCGGGCUGAAGUGUGGCUCCUCCCUUGGAGCUAACCCCCCCUGUGCACUAACGGGGUGUGGAGAUGCCAUUUCUGUCAAAGUCCAUUCACAACAUUUCUCUAAGAAGCUUGGUUUGUCACAAAGCCACCAGGCUGCAAGACGGACCGACUCUAAGAAGCUUCUACCAAAUAACUCAUUCUAUUCUAGUCUUUUGUCGUAG